UUCCACGUGCACAUUUUAAAAGUUAUGCUUGCAUGAUGCCGAUUAUCCACAAUUUAGGAAAAAUCAUGUAUACAACGUCGAUCCCCCUCCGAGUUUAUUUUUCUUCACCAUUUCCCCGUCUUUAAAUAUUUUCAUGAUUAUUCAACAUCGAUGGAUCGAUUAAAGCGUGUUUUGUCAAGGCCAAAUGCGAAGCCGUAUCGUACGAAACAUAUCGUCGAUGAUCAACCGUACAUAAAUGAAAAUGGCCAUCUAGAUUUUGGCCCGGGAGAUAUAGAGAAUCCGAAGAAUUGGUCGAAGGCGAGAAGAUGGUAUAUUACCGUUGUAUCGGUUUUGCUCGUGGUAAAUGCAACAUUUGCAUCGUCCAGUCCGUCGGGAUGUUUGACUGGAAUUGAGAGAGAAUUCCAUGUUUCUGCAGAGGUCUCAGCUUUGGUCAUCUCGGUUUUCCUUCUAGGAUACUGCUUUGGACCAUUAUUUUGGGCGCCGUUGUCCGAGUUCUUUGGUCGAAGAUGGAUCUUUUAUAUCUCUUUUACCUUGUACUUGGCCUUUAACUUUCUUUGUGCGUUUGCCAAUAAUUUCGCAGCUCUAUUAAUAGGACGAUUCAUAACGGGUACAAUGGCAAGUUCGCCACUUUCGAAUGCCCCAGGAGUUCUCGCCGAUAUUUGGGGCCCUGUCGAAAGAGGAAAUGCCAUGGCUCUGUUCUCGAUGAUGACUUUUGCCGGUCCAGCAUUGGGUCCCGUCAUUUCAGGAUUUCUUGAGUUGAAAAAGGACUGGAGGUGGAAUUUUUAUGUCAUGUUAUGGCUUGCUGGUGUCACCGAGAUUUUAAUGUUUACUAUCCCAGAGACCUUACCUUCGAAAUUACUAGUAAACAAAGCUAGGAGAAUAAGGGCAUUGAAGAUUCCAGGUUACGAAAACGUCAAGGCUCCCGUCGAAGAUAGCGAUCGUACAUUAUGGCAAAUUUUCAAGGUCGCACUUGUUAGACCAUGGCAACUUCUCGUCGAUCCUAUUUCGUUCGCCGUUGCCGUUUACCUAUCCGUCGUAUACGCUUUGCUGUAUAUGCUCUUCACUAUCUACCCCAUCAUCUUUCAGGAGAAACGUGGUUGGAAUUCCGGAGUAGGAGAAUUGCCAUUGAUUGGUACGAUCAUUGGAGCCAUAAUAGGCGGGAUCGCCAUCUUCAUCGUGUCCCACCGUGAUAGAAAGAAGGUGGAGGCUGGUCAUGUUGGCGUAGCUGAGGAUCGUCUACCUGUCGCCAUGGCGGGUGGAAUUAUUUUUCCCAUUACCAUGUUUUGGUUUGCGUGGUCUGGAAAUUAUAAUAGUGUUCAUUGGAUUGUUCCCACUCUUGCUGGAAUAUUCCUCUCCUCGUCUAUUCUUCUCAUUUUCGUCGCCUACCUCAAUUAUUUGACCGAUACAUACUUAAUGUAUGCCGCUAGUGCAGUUGCUGCAAACACCGUUUGUAGAUCGGCCGCCGGUGCCGCAGCACCAUUAUUCACGACAUAUAUGUUCGAUGCUCUUGGAGUGGGUGGAGGUGGCUCAUUAAUCGGUGGACUUGCCAUAUGUCUUGCGCCGAUCCCCUUCCUAUUUUAUAAAUACGGUGGAGCCAUCAGAGAACGAUCCAAAUUCGCUCCAACUCCCACGAAGAAACCUUCAAACGAACAGAAUGUGGACAACGAAAAGGCGCUCGAAGCAAAUCAAUCCUCACCACACCGAACGUCAGAAAAUAGAACCAAUACUAGCUCCCGCUCAUCGUCAGCAUCAAGUAUAGCAAGUAUGCCUGAUGCUCCACGCGAAGAUACUUAUCAUCAAGAGGGAUAUAUUGAGGAGGGCAUGGGAUAUGGACGAGUGGCGUUGCCCAGUGAUACGAGAGAACAAGAUGCUGGGCAGCUUGCAAGUGAAAAUUGAGAGGUUGGAUCGUACGUUUAAACAUGGCAUAUGGGUGAUUAGACGGAUUUUUAUUUUAUUUUAAUAGAAAGCGUGGAGCAAAUAGGGGAUAUACACGUCAUUCAGAUGGCGUUUCAGCAUGAUACCGAAUGUAAAAAUGAUAAUGAUAUACGCUUUUUUUUUUUCCUAUUUUCGGUGUCGUCAAGUCUUCUAUGGAAUAAUGGAUUAAUGCUGAGGGGUCUUUUGAGGGGGCAUAAUUAUCUUUUUCUCGGCAUAGAAAGGAAAAUAGUACUACCUACUAACCCAAUCACGAAUCAGUUACCCAGAACAAAGCUCUAAUCAAUCUCAGCGGCCAAGCACUCCCAUCUAUCUUUAUUCACAGAGCUCGACCUACAGAUUCUAUGAUUCUACACCGGCCCUCAAACAGUCUCGAUAUCCUCACUUCCGCAUACUAUCUAACUAGAGUCUAUGUUAUCAAUUA